UUCAACUUCAAGAGCAUGGCCAAGGGAAAGGAGGUUGUGGGACCGUACCAUAUUGUUUGGAUUUGUAAGAGUAGGUGACCACAGCCCUAGUAGUGCCCAGUAGGCUGGGCAAUCUCCACCCGGACCCCCACCCCAUUUUGGCGAACAGCCAUGUUCAGAUUGGUGCGCUUCCAUGCUGCUUGCUCAGUCUCCGGGGUAAAAAAACAUAGGUGUAAUCGUUAACAACACAUUUCUCCAACAUUCCAACCGCAGCAGCUUGGGGAAUUUGAUCCUCAAGAGCGUGACAGACAGAGAGGUAGAGUGAGUUUUUAGUGCUAAAGGCGGAAUUUCUGUGCUUUUUGACCACUGCUGCCUCUAAAUCCUCCUGGGAUAUUCUUUUCUCAUCAAACCCAUAAAGGAAUCGGCCUUUUUCCUACCAAAUUCCUAAUAUCACAUUUUAUUCGUAUAGAGCCUUCACUUGGAAUAACAUCUGUGACUAUACAUGUACUAUUAGAAUAACAGUGAUACUUUCUUUAUCAUCAGAAAUGGAAAAAUGGGCGCUCAAAGAUUCCCAAAAACAAUCAAAACAGUGAAAUAUUUAUAGAGGUAGGACUCUCUCUUUCUCUCUCUCUCUCUUCUAAUAUUUAUCUGUAUUUGUAAUUUACAGAGUACCCAGAUAAGCAAAGGAAACCCCACCCUCUGUUUUACUUUGUUUGUGGAAUUGGUUCUGCAUUUAUUUUAUAUUGUUGUUUUUUUUUUUUUCUUUACACAAGUUCUUCUGUGGUCUGUUUUUUUAUUGGUAGAUUCACAUUUUAAUGUAAAAAUAUUAAAUUUUAAGGAAGUGAAGGCAGCCAGAGGCCAUGAUCUUUUCUUUUCUAUUGGAAAUGAGCAAAAUGUGUUUGUUUUUUUGCCUCACAAUGUAUUUGUGUUUUUGACUCUAUUACUUUUCAUCCCUAUCCAUUUUAGGAAUAAUUAAGGCUUGUUGGGGGUUGUGAAUUUAUGCCAGUAUCUUACACAUCAAAAUUGUUUAGCUUCUGAUACCAAUAGCAGAAAAUUCCAAAUUUCCAAUAAAAAAAGUGAAAAUGCUUCACUUUAGGAAUUGUUUAAGUUCUAGAUUUAAAAAUUGACCUCCUUUUUAUAGUUAGGAUUCAAUGUCUCACAGUACACAUUCCAAUUUUAUCAUCAUAGAAUGAGCAGAUGUCUGUUUGUUAAUAUACAUUAAUUAAUUAUUUGUUUAUAUAUUAUAUUUUGAUGGAGUUUUGACAUAUUUUUAAUUUAUUUUGGGCUUUGGGUAUAUCGAGUUGUUGUUCAUCUCUGUCCAUCUUAGGAAUAAUAUAGAAGGUUGAUGAGAUUAUGCAUUCAAAUUGGUAUCGUAUGUUAGAAGUCUUGUAGAAUAUGAGAAAGAAACAAUAUCUCCAAAUAAACUUUUAAAUUCUAAGUAGGAUGUUUAUCCCCCUUUCUGUUUCAUCCUUUUUUCUGAUUUUACGCGUUGUUGCCGUGGUUCUUCAUCUGAGGGAACUCACCAAAAACCGAACAAACUUUCAUAUUGUUCUGCUGUCGAUUAAGAUAAAAGACAAUAAGGUGCUAGUGAAGUAGUUUCUCCAGUGCUUUGUAGUUUUUCUCUUUCAUAGAUAUAGAAAAGUCUGACUUCGUGUAAAUGAACACUCAUAAGAUUGAGUGGCAAGAACCAAGCAAUGGAUGUUUGAGUGAUUAUUCCUUUGAAUUAUCUGAUUGCUCCUCUGGAAGUUUUGGUUCUCGGCAGUCUUGGAACAUGGGAGUUUGUUUCCAAUUUCCAUCAUCAGCUAUGGGAGGAGGAUCUCUACUGGAAAACCACAGGACAGCUAAUCCUGCUGGUACAAUUUCAAGUCAUUUUGGAUCAACAACCUCUACUUUUUAUACAGCUGAAGACUACAUAGGUUUUCCACAGUGCCAGUAUCAAGUUGACAAACUCCCGUGGAGCCUCCAGCUUCACAAGAAUUGUGAUCUAGCAAUUCCAUCGUUACAGCCUUAUGAGGAUCCCCUCUCUAUUAACUCAGCAAAGCAUGAUGAUAUUGACCUUCAAUCAAGGGAUACCUUGCAAUCCGUCGUGAAACUUCCAUUGCAUAGCAAUCAGAAAUCUGUAUUUUGUGAUGAAUCCAAUAGAAUCUCCUCAAGAAAUUUGCCUGGGAGUGACCACCUCCCUCUUCUGCAAAAUAAGUUGGCUGGUGAGGAAGCUACCUUGGACAGUGGUCACCUCUCAUACCCUAUCCAAAGAAGUCAGAUCCCUAGAGUUGGUUGUAAUCCAUUCACCCCUCCACUAGCACAACCAAGCUUCCCUACUCAGCCAGACAAGCAAUCUCCAAGACCUACUUCAGGGGGUAUUUCUUUUACUUCUGGCAGUCCUGUUUCAUUUGGAGCAGCAGCCUCAAGUAAAACACGGAUUAGAUGGACUCCAGAUCUUCAUGAGCGGUUUGUUGAAUCUGUGAAUCGUCUUGGAGGUGCAGAGAAGGCAACUCCAAAGGGAAUCCUGAGGUUGAUGGGCUCUGCAGGAUUGACCAUCUUCCAUGUGAAAAGCCAUUUGCAGAAAUAUCGAACUGCCAAGUACAUGCCAGAAUCUGCAGAAGGAAAAUCUGACCGGAAAACAUGUUUGAACAACAUAGCUCAGAUUGACGUCAAAACUGGCAUGCAAAUCACGGAAGCACUGCAACUCCAACUAGAUGUACAGAGGCAUCUCCAUGAGCAAUUAGAGAUUCAGAGAAAUCUACAAGUGCGGAUUGAAGAACAAGGAAGACAACUCAAAAUGAUGUUUGAAGAGCAGCAGAAAACAAACAGCAGCCAUUUCCAGACUGAGAAUCUGGAUAACUUGUUCAGUGAAAACUUAAAUAAUCUUGAGGAUAUUCAGCUAUCUACUAUAGGAGAACAAUCUGAGAGUACCCACUUCCACUCCGUAAUAAAUUAAUUGGCUUCUGGUGCUGCAUUCUUUGAUCUUUAACUUUGUAAUUAGGGCCUAGAAUAGUUCAGUAGCAAAGCUGAACCAGUCCAACUCCACUGUAACUCAUAGAACACAAAUUUACUUGGUGAUUUAUUACAGCUAGCCAAUGUUCCUGGGAGAUGUAUUUUCUUUUGAACAGAAUUUUCCUUCACUUGUAGUGAAAGAGGAAACUCUUGAGUCAA